UCUUCUGUGCAGCUCUGCUUUUCCUCUGAUUAACCAGAUGUGCCAGCAGAGCAGACUAUCUGGAUGGAGCAGGCACUUCAUGCCCUGAACACCAUGUAGUUCUCAUUUCUAUGCUCUCUUGCACCUUAAACUGUAGAUGCCUGCCCAGGCUGGGAGUUCCUGUUGGUCGUGGCUUGCUCAGUCAGCCUUAUCCCUCCAUGUUUGUGCAUAUCACUUCUUAUCAAGCAGUGCCAGCAUGCUGAAUAGCUCAAGGUGAUCUUUGCUUGGAGGAACUGUCUGUCCUUUUUCCUCUGGCCAAAACCAAUUUUAUUUUCUUGCCUUUUCCCUAACACACCCUUUUAUGUUACCUUCCACACUUCCAAAUUGAGUAGUAUCACCAGAAUGAGCCUCCUUUUCUGGAUCUUCCCAGUGAAUGUUCAGUGAAACCAGCCAGGCCAAUUUUGAGGAAGACAGCCAGAAGCAACCAGCUGUGGGACACUGGAAACCACUAAUGCCAUCCAAAGGGAACAAGGAGGAGCCAGAGACUGGAUGCCAAGAUGCUGGAGGUGUGGAUGAGACCCAGUCCACCGAGCAGCUCAACGUGUCACGUCUGCGCAGCUCUUCAGUGGAAAUCCGUGAAAAGGGGUCUGAAUUCCUGAAGGAAGAGCUGCACAAAGCACAAAAGGAGCUGAAGCUGAAGGACAAAGAAUGUGAGAGAUUAUCAAAAGUCAGAGAACAACUGGAGCAGGAACUAGAGGAGUUAACAGCUAGCCUAUUUGAGGAAGCACACAAGAUGGUGAGAGAAGCAAACACUAAGCAGGCGGCAUCAGAGAAACAGCUGAGGGAGGCACGGGGGAAGAUUGACAUGCUGCAGGCAGAGGUAACAGCUCUGAAGACUCUGGUCAUCACAUCUACACCUUCCUCUCCCAACCGGGAGCUGCACCCUCAGCUCCAGAGCCCUUCUAAAGCUGGCUUCAGGAAAGGCCAUGGGCGAAACAAAAGCACCAGCAGUGCAAUGGUCUCAGCUGCCAGCCAGAAUGUGACUCCAGAGCCCGUCAGCCGUGAGUGCAAAGAGGUCGACUCCAUUUUAUUUGCUGAGUUCCAGGCCUGGAAGGAAUCUCCAACCUUGGAUAAAUCCUGCUCCUUCCUGGACAGAAUUUAUCGAGAAGAUGUAGGACCUUGUCUGGACUUCACUAAGCAGGAGCUGUCGGAGCUGGUGCGAGUGGCUGUGGAGCAGAAUACACUCACCAUUGAGCCGGUGGCUUCCCAGACACUGCCUGUGAUGAAGGUGUCAGCAGAAGAGUGUGGGGGACCGAAUGGGUUCCGGUCACAAAUUGUAACGAAGUGUGCUCUGAGUGGCCUCCCCAGGACCUGCAAGCACCGCAUCAUGCUGGGGGAUUCUGGGAAUUACUACUACAUUUCACCAUCCUGCAGGGCCAGGAUCACAGCGGUGUGCAACUUCUUCACAUACAUUCGCUAUAUCCAGCAGGGCUUGGUGAGGCAAGAUGUGGAGCUGAUGUACUGGGAGGUCAUGCGGCUCCGGAGAGAGAUGUCUCUGGCCAAACUUGGGUUUUAUCCCAGUGAGAUGUAAGCAGAGGCUUGAGCACAGAAGGAAACUGGUCCUGUAUGAACAGCUUGUCAAAUGUAGUCUGCCAAACAGACGAAUGCAGUGCCUCUCCUGCAAUGGGCCUUACUUGCUCCCCAUUCUUCCUCUGCGUGAAGCUGAUCAAGGAGCAAGAAGCACAAGUUCCACCCUCAGCUCUCCCACGUCUCCAGCUGUGACUGGACUGCAGCUGCCAAGCUACCCCCUCAGAGCUAGGCUGGCCCUGACUGCUCUGUGGUGGCCGCCUAUAGACUGUCCUCUAUGGAGUCUCCUGUAUGCAGUGUAUAUCCAUAUGUUUUUUUAAAACUUUUGUUUUUAUAUGCAGUCUGCUUUGGCAUAACCUGAGGCCAGCCCUGGGCAAGGCAGGAGUCCUGGACCUUCUUUGUAAGCAAGACUUUCAGGACAGAUGCUGGCUGUCUGUCCAUCCAAUCCACUUAUUCUUUGGGGUGGAGGGUGCUGUCCCCAGCCAUACACUUAGGUCCUGCUGACCACUUCCCUAAUGGCCUUGUAAAUGCCAGCAGCACACAAUAAUCUUAUGGAGAGCCAUGAACAGCCUGUUUCCAAGUACUUCCUUGUUCCUUUUAAAGGAGCCUGCAAGAGAAGCUUUCUGCCAACUGAAUCACAAAGAGGGAUUUGUUUCUGGUUUUAGCUUGCGAUUUGGCACGGGGUGAUCCAGGCUGGGGGAACAGCCAGAGCAGGGGUCAGAGCUGUGCACCUGAGGCCUUCAGCAGAAGAAAUGAGCAGGGAAAUCCAUAACUCUCUGCUGGCUGCAGCUUGGCUGCAGUUGGUUCAGGAUGUUUUCUCCUGGUCUAGAACAUCUGCAAUUGCCCUGUGACAAUCCUUGGUGCAGAAGUACCCCCAUGGUGCUCUUAGAUAAAAACCUCACCCACAAACAUGCCUUUGAGGUGUUCCUGCUCUGAGGGAGCUUUGGGCAGUGCUGUUCCCACUGUUCAGAUAGGAAUCAUGGUCCCAGGCUGGGGAUGCUCCAGAAGGAGCAUGCCUUGAGUCCUGAGGCCUCCCUUAUAUGACAUUGUGCCUAGAAAUGCAUGUCCACUGGGAAUCCCAGCUUCUGCCAUUCCCAAUGAGGAAAUCUGAGACAUCUUCGUGUGCACAUGAGGGAUGUGGCUAUGGUUCCUGUCUGCCUCAGAAUGUUCUGGGAGGGAAUACUAAAGCUGUUGGAAUGCAGAGGCCUGCUAUAGUUUGAGCUCAGACCCAGGCUUUUAUGUACUGGGCUGUGUUAAAGCCAUGACAGUGUUUUAUAGCCAAUUUAGCCUUUUUUUCAGUGACUCUGGAAUCUGCUCAGCCACCACCCAAUGAAACCCUGGGGUUUUCAUCUCGUGGCAUUUCUGCACUCUUGACUGGCAUGUCACCCUGUCCCUCUGCCAUCAUCAUAACUGUCAUCUUAGCAAGUCGGUGUCCAGAACCAUAUCACCAUCCUCAGCUCCAUUAAGUUUCAUCUUCUCCUGAGAGAUGCUACAGUAGGAACUCUUAUCUUCAGUGGAAGAAAACUGAGCUGCUGUGUUUCUGUCCAGAGGAGGAAGGAAUAAACAGGGAAGGUGAAAGUCAUGGUUUGGAAUUUGAUGUAAGGACAGUUUCACAGCAGAGCUGAGAAAACCUUCCUGUAGGAGACCCCCAUGAGCACAAUAAUCUUUGCAGUCACUGAGCACACUCACAGUAUGCUGCUGAGUUGCUUCUCAGGGGACUUCUUUCCUUAUAGCUAUACUGGCUAUAUGGAAGGUCUAAUAGCCAUGUGAAAUUUGAAUUGACAUCCCCAGAGCUGGGAGGACACAUUCCUGACAAUAGAUAGGAGCAUUGAAUCCACCUCCUUCAGCUCAGAAAGGGCUGACCUCCAAGAUUGAGUUCUGAACACCUCAGAUCUGCUUUUGCUUGCCAUAGCUGAGUGUCUCAACUCAUGCUGCUCACCCUAGCUAGAUGAGUUUGUUAUAUCUGCUACUCUUCACCAAAGGAAUGUGUCUUAAAUGUGAAGUAAAAGCCUGGAAAAUACAUCUUUGGGUAAGGGUAUGGCUGGGUCUUGAGCUAGUGAUAAACCUGCAUCUCUUGGUAGAGUCUGUGAUGAUUUAACAUCAGCUUUUCCAGAGGAGAAACUAGAAGUAUCCUUCCCCAGCUAAAGAUUCCAGCUCAGGUAAAUCCUACCCCUGGCAGUUUCUCCUUGUAUCUGCUCCCCCUGUCAUUCUGAUCUCUACAGUCCUGUGCCAUUCACUGCUACAUUGCACAACAGACGUGGCUGCCUUGCAGCACUGGGAAUGAGAUGAUCUUUUUCUGUAGGAGAUGUUUUGGUUUGUGGGAUAUUCCCUCUGCCCCUGGUGUCACUUUGUAAAGCACUUUGAGAUGAAAGGAAUUGAAGAAAAGCAUUGUAUAAGGUUGUCUUCCAUUUGAAGCAAAAGAGAACAAUUUGUAGAUUAAUAUGAAGUCACUCCGUUAACAGCGGGAUGGUUGCACCCUGCUCUUUAUUACAGGAAAAUAAACAUUUGCUAUUAACCUCUU